AUAGAAAGGUUAAAGUUUCGUGUAGCCAUGUGUGUUCCCACUUGAUGUACCACUAGCUAGGCUAUUUACAUUACAAAUAUGUAUACUGUAGCUAGCUACUUCUAACGUGCUAGGUCGCGAUUGGGACAUCCAUUUUUGAUGAUAGUUCGUGAGUGCAGCGUCUAAAAGUUUUUUUUUAUCUCUAUUCAUUUUGCUAUCUUGAACGGCUGGCUAGAAAAACUCGCUAGCGGAACCCUGUUAUUUGAUGCUAAGUUUAGUUAGCUCAGAUUAGCUGGAUGGGAAUGAGGCAGCUGACCUACUUGCCUCCGUUACUGUUCACCCCAUCGCUUUUCAAGAUAUGCUGACAAUUCGUCCGUUAUUGAGUGUCUUAGCAAGUUCACGAUUAUUGAAAAUCAAUUGUAAAGGUUGCCUUAACAAGUUUGUGGGGUCCCGUUGGAUGAUGAGCAACGAGUGUGAGAACAUGCAGACCGCCAAGUCACUGAAGCGAGUUGAGGAAGGAAGCGGGGACUUGGGAGAGAAUGGGCACAUCUCGAAGAAGGUGAAAACUGAGGAGGAUCAAGCUGCGGAUGAGAAGAAAUACCCUAAAAAGAAAGUGGUUCUUCUUAUGGCCUAUUCAGGAAAAGGGUACUAUGGCAUGCAGAGAAAUUCUGGCUCUUGCAAGUUCAUGACCAUUGAAGAUGAGUUGAUCACGGCACUUAUAAAGGCUGGAUGCAUUCCGGAAAACCAUGGUGAUGACAUGAAGAAAAUGUCUUUCCAAAGAUGUGCGAGAACCGACAAGGGUGUUUCUGCUGCUGGUCAAGUGGUAUCGCUGAAACUUUGGCUGAUUGAAGAAAUAGUCGAGAAAAUCAACUCUUAUCUUCCAGCACAAAUAAGAGUGCUAGGCUUCAAGAGAGUCACGGGGGGUUUCAAUUCCAAAAACAACUGUGACGCUCGCACAUACUCUUACAUGCUUCCCAGUGUGGCCUUUGCUCCAAAGGACUACGACACCCAGAAUUCCGCUGCCUUCCGUUUAGAGCCAGAGACACUGCAGAGAGUCAACCGUCUCUUUGCCCAGUACAAGGGCACCCGCAACUUCCACAACUUCACAUCACAGAAGGCUCCGAAAGACCCCAGCGCCCGCCGUUACAUCACCGAGAUGUCGUGCGGCGACCCCUUUGUGCGCGGCGGCACCGAGUUUGCCGUCGUCACCGUGCGAGGCCAAAGCUUCAUGAUGCACCAAAUCAGGAAGAUGAUCGGUCUGGUGAUCGCAGUGAUGAAGGGCUACGCCGGGGACGAAGUUCUGCAGAAGAGCUGGGGGGAGGAGAAGGUGGAUGUGCCUAAGGCCCCGGGGCUGGGGCUGGUGCUGGAGAAGGUCCACUUUGACAGGUACAAUAAACGCUUUGGUGGGGACGGCAUCCACGAGAGGCUGGAAUGGACCCAGGAGGAGGACUCGAUCCAGGCCUUCAAGGAGGAGCACAUCUACCCCAGCAUCGUGCAGACCGAGGCCCAGGAAGGCUCCAUGGCCAGCUGGAUGGCCACGUUGACCCUGCACGACUUUGAGGCCACAGCUUCAGGGGUACGGGAAGAUAAGGAUAAGAAGCUGGAUGAAGAUGAAGGUGAUGGAUCAGACUGAGUCACAUGCCACACAAACCAGGGAUACAAUGUACUUUACUAAUUUGCGGUUUAUAUAUACAAAUUGAGUUUUAUUUUAGUCAUAGGGGACUGGUUAUAGUCAUUGGAAAUUAUUUGCUCAAUUAUGGAAUACAAAAAUAAACAAUUGUUCUUAUAAA